CCCGAGAUGCUGGAAGCUAUAUGUCCCUGGUGGAUUUGGGGAAGAGGCUGUUGGAGGCGGCUCGAAAAGGACAGGAUGAUGAGGUGCGAACACUAAUGGCAAAUGGCGCUCCCUUCACCACGGAUUGGCUCGGCACAUCUCCUCUUCAUCUUGCAGCCCAGUACGGCCACUACUCUACCGCAGAAGUCCUCCUCCGAGCCGGAGUUAGCCGGGACGCCAGAACCAAAGUCGACAGGACACCGCUACACAUGGCAGCAGCUGAGGGCCACGCAAACAUCGUAGAACUGUUGAUCAGGAACAAUGCAGAUAUAAAUGCUAAGGACAUGCUGAAGAUGACUGCUCUGCACUGGGCGGUGGAGCACGACCAUCGUGAGGUGGUGGAGAUAUUGUUAAAAUAUGGGGCGGACGUUCACGCUUUAAGCAAAUUUGAUAAAAACGCCUUUGACAUCGCCCUUGACAAGCACAACCCUGAACUGGUGGGAAUAUUGCAGGAAGCCAUGCAGAAUCAAGUGAACACAAAUCCAGAGAGGACGAACUCAGUCGCUGUCGCCACACCUCAGUUCAUCAUUGCGCCUGCAGGGGUAAUGAACCUUACAGGGCUGGUUUCUUCAACGUCUACCAAAACAACCUCAGGUGAAUCUGGUGUAUCCACAGUGCAGUUUGGUAACUCCACAACCUCAGUACUGGCUACGCUGGCUGCUUUAGCUGAAGCUUCAGGGCCACUAUCAAAUUCACCCCGAACUGCAGCUACAACGGAGGAAAUGGUAACGGCAGACUCGGUGGACUCGGCAAUCCAGCAGGUUGUAGGGAGUGGAGGUCAGAGGGUCAUCACCAUAGUGACAGACGGUGGUGUGCAGCUGGGUAACCUACCGGCAGGCAUUAACACUGGCCAACCAUUCAUCGUGACCAUGCAAGAUGGCCAACAAGUUCUGACAGUCCCAGCUACCCAUGUUGAAGAAGAGACCAUCAUCACAGAAGAAAUGCCAACAAAGAGACAGUGUUUGGAGGAAGUCCUUAACCAUACAGAAUCAACAGAAAAGGAGACGAAUGACUGCAUGGAGAGGGAACUACUUCAGAAGCAGCUCCACGAGGCGAACCGAAAAGCCCAGGAGUACCGGCAGCAGCUGAUGAAGAAGGAGCAGGAAGCUGAGGAGUACCGCAUGAGACUGGAGGCCAUCGCACGGCUCCACACCACAGCCGAGGAGAUCACCGUCGUGGAGGAGGUCACGGAUGAUGGCAGUGGCACGGUAAUCACCAUGGCGGCAGAGCUGGAGGGCCCUGAGACCACAGUGGAAACGAUGGAGCAGCCCACCGACAUGGCGACGGAGACAGUGACUUCGUAAAGGUCCCUCGGCUGGCUAAACUUUUCCUGAUGCAUUCUGUUUAUCAAAUUCUGUGCCCCCCGCGCACGGAAACCAAAAACAGCUCGGGACCGAGCUGUUGGUCACUGCCACACCCACACACACAGACGUUUCAUUUUCUGAUUGCACAAGAACUCCUGUUGGAACUCGACACCAGGAAACCUCUGAACACUAGCAGGUACAAUUUUUUUCCCCAGACCUUCAAACAAAAAAAAGUGGUUGGGGUGGGGAGGGGGUGGUCAGCCUUUCGUUAAACUCUGGAAGCUACAGUUCGUUUUCGUGUGGACAAAAGAAAAAAGGAAAUCCAGGAGCUGGAACUCAGUUGGGGUUAUGGUUUUUGUGGGGGAGGGGGACGGGAGGGUGGAGAUUAAACUGCUUUCACUGUCGACGCUAUAUUGUUUUUCUGCGAAAGCUCGAGGAAGGGAAGGCUGACAAAUCGGCACUGACCCUGAAGCUAUCGCGUCCACAUGCCUGGACACCAUAAACUGUCAGCGCCUAUCUUCCCCGGGCCAUUGAUGUUACGUGUGCAUUUUUAACCGGUUUCUUUUUAAAGCAAAGACUGCUUUUCCCUCGAUUUACGGAGAAGAAACGAACAGCACAGAAUCUUCCGGUGGAUGCUUUAAAAUUAUUUUGAAAUGCUAGAAUCUUCCAUUCUGUAAUAUGCAAUCAGUUAUUUAUCUGAUAAAGGGAAUAUUUUAGGUUUGCGGGCAGAGAGUCCAAUGAUAAGGACUUUUUAAAAAAUGGUUUUUGGUAAUAGUAUUUGGUAUUCUGAUGUACCAAUUUCUUUGUCCGUAUUCUGGCAGGUGGUCUGUCUGACAGGUGUAAUUUCCCCUCUGAACUUUUGCUAAUAGGUGGACGGAGUAAAAGGCCCAUUUCCAUUCUCAUUUAGAGUCUGUAAAGACUUGCAUUUGUAUAGCACCUUCUCGCAUUGCGUAGAAAUGUCUCAAAAGCACUCCACCUGCAGCGAAUUGCUCUGAAGCGUGGUGACUUCUUGUUAUGGAGGCAACGUUUUAAACGAACGAGAUAGCGGCGCUGAUUGCUACCCCUCUGUGAGAGCGCUGUCAUUAACCAUGGUGACCUCAGGUAGGAGGAGCCCCCAUCAGUUUCAGAGAGAUCACAUUGAAAAGAGAGUUUGGGAUGCAGGCAAAAGCCAAGAGUCGAAAUAUCGUCUCUGCACUCACAGUCCCCAUUCUCUUUUCAGUGCUUGAGUUUAUUUUGAAACUCCAGUUAGCUCCCAUCCCGGUUGCAGAGGAACCCAUCCACCUAAAGGGUGAAUAACCUGGGCCAUUUGUUGGCUUUGGGGUUGUCAACUCUGCCCAGAUGUAUUCCUGAAGGAUCUUUUUUCUCCCCCAGCUUUUAACACCCUUUAGAUCACCCC